GAAUUAAUAUAUUUAAUUUUGAAAGGGAAACGGUCAAAUUUUGUCGUCUCUGUCGUCUCUUACGCAACUUCAGUGUCAUCUUCAUUUCUCCCCCACAAAAUUUCAUCUCUUUUUUUCUUUCAGCUUCCUUUUAGCUAUGGCGGAUCAAUGGAAACGCACUGCUCUUCUUGUUAUCGACAUGCAGAGAGAUUUCAUUGACGAACACUCCGUCUUCGCUGUACCAGGAGCCUCCACUAUAAUCCCAAGCGUCUCCACCGCUGUCGAAAUCGCAAGGAAUCGUGGGUUGUUCAUCAUUUGGGUUGUUCGAGAACAUGACGGUGAAGGACGAGAUGUUGAACGAUUUCGCCGCCAUUACUAUGGGAAUGGGAAGCCGAAUCCUCUUGUGAAAGGAAGCAAAGGGGCGGAGUUAGUACAAGGGCUUGAGAUUAAAGAAGGAGAAUAUAAAUUGGUUAAAACUAGGUUUAGUGCCUUUUUUAAUACUAAUUUACGUUCUCUUCUUCAAGGGGCGGGUAUUACUGAUUUGGUUGUCUGUGGUGUUCAAACCCCAAACUGUAUCAGACAGACUGUUUUUGAUGCUGUAGCUUUGGAUUACCAUUCUAUCACUCUUCUUUAUGAUGCUACUGCAGCUGCGACUCCCAAAGUUCAUCAUGAUAAUAUCACUGACAUGGUGAACGUGGGAGUUGAGGUGAAGAGAGUUGAUGAAUGGGGGGAGUCUGAUUCUGAGGCUUGAACUAACCCAAUUCCAGUUGUUAUACAAUCUUCGUGUUGCUGGUGAUUUUCAUUUACUGCAAUGAAUCCAUGGUGUUUGAUGUUCAGCCAUGCUUCUUGUGUUUCUUUUGGUCCACCGUUUAACGACAUUCAUAUCGAAAUAAUCUUUAUCUCUCCCUCUUGCUUCGUUCGAGCUUUCAAGAACUUUGAUUCUCUUCCUCUGUAUAAUAAAAGAAAACAAACUUCCUUUUCUUUUGCA